AUGAAACCAGGUCACAACGGAUCUAUUACAGAGCAGUAUGUGUUUCCGUACUACGCGGAGGUGUUAUUCUAUGUUCUUCAAUGUAUUCUGGUCGUUUUUGGACUGUUUGGCAACGUUUUAGUAAUCCUAUCAGUUCGCCGAAAUCCUCAUAUGAAAAAAUCCAUUUCCAAUCUGUUUAUUCAAAAUUUGGCAAUUGCUGAUAUUGGAGUCUUGGCUAUUUCUCAUACUUUUAUCUUGGGAUUGGAAAUCAAGAAUUUUAUUUGGCCAUUUGGGGAGUUUUGUUGUCGGGUGAUAUUUCCGUUAUCGGAUUCAUUUUACGGUGUCUCAAUUUGGUGUAUUGUUGCAAUAUCGUUUCACAGGUGAGUUUUGUGAUGGUGAUGUUGUUCAUGAUGAUGAUGGUAGUGAUAAUAGUAUGAUUAUGGCAAUGAUCGCGAUGAUGGUGGUAGUCAUGGUGAUGAUAAUGCUGAUGGUAAUUGUGUUGAUAAUGGUGAUGAUGAUGAUGGUUGCGGUGAUGGUGACAAUUGUGAUGAUGAAGUGAUAAUGAUGGUAGUGGUGGUGCCAUCAUGGUGGCGAUGAUGAUAUUGAUGGUGGUCAUGAGGCAUGGUGGUGAUGAUGGUGAUUUUAAUUAUGAUGAUUAUGUUGAUGACGAUGAUGAUGAUGAAGGUGAUGAUGAUGAAAGUGAUGAUGAUGGUGGUGAUUUUGGUGAUUAUGAUGAUGAUUAUGUUGAUGAUGAUGGUGGUGAUUUUGGUGAUGGUGAUUAUGUUGAUGACGAUGAUGAUGGUGAUGAUGGUGGUGAUUUUAGUGAUGACAAUGAUGAUUAUGUUGAUGUUGAUGAUGGUGAUGGUGAUGGUGAUGGUGGUGAUAAUGGUGGUGAUUUUGGUGAUGAUUAUGUUGAUGAUGAUGAUGAUGGUGAUGAUGAUGAUGAUGGUGGUGAUUUUGGUGAUUAUGAUGAUGAUUAUGUUGAUGAUGACGGUGGUGAUUUUGGUGAUGGUGAUUAUGUUGAUGACGAUGAUGAUGGUGGUGAUUUUGGUGAUGACAAUGAUGAUUAUGUUGAUGAUGAUGAUGGUGACGGUGGUGAUGAUGGUGGUGAUUUUGGUGAUGAUUAUGUUGAUGAUGGUGGUGAUGGUAGUUGAUAAUGGUGGUGAUGAUAAUGGUGAUGAUAAUGGUGCUGAUGGUAGUGAUGAUGGUGGUUGAUGAUGGUGAGAAUGAUGGUGGUGAUGAUGGUAGUUGAUGGUGGUGGUGGUGAUAACAGUGGUGAUGAUAAUGAUAAUGUUGAUGAUGGUGAUGAUGGUGAUCAUGUUGGUUAUGAUGUUGAUAGUGAUGAUGAUUAUGGUAAUGCUGGUAAUGGUGAUGAUAAUGGUUUAGCUGCUGUUACGUUGUUCACUAUAUUAUUGUUAAAGAUAACUAACCACCUCUCUUAAAAUAAAUCCUUUUCCUACUUGUUCUCGUUUCAUAGAUACAGAGGAAUCGUUCACAUAAUGCACACUCAACUUUCAAGAAAAAACGCUCGCCUCAUACUAGUCGCAGCUUGGCUACUGCCAAUCAUAGUCAUCACCCUACCUCUCUGGAUAUUCAUGAAGUUACUGCCAGGCAUAAACAUAUGCGACGUCGCCUGGCCCAACCACGACAGCCACAUAGCCUACUUCAUCAUACUCAACCUGCUCUUCUACGUCUUACCGUUAGCCUUGAUAGUUUACUAUUAUCUCAGAAUCCGCGUCUCUCUGAAGGCCAGCUCUGGGUUCCACAGACAAAUGACGAAGUCCUCAUCGCGAAGCGCUCUUCGAGACGACCUCACGAAACAAAUCCAACGCAACGCGAAAGCACUACGCGUGCUCACGCCUGUGGUCGUCGUGUUCUUCGUGACCAUGCUGCCGUUCACCGCGUUUCGUCUUGCGUUCGUGUUCACGAAUAUGGCUAACUUUCGUUACACGCGUACGCUAUUUUUCGCGUCCAUUAUAAGCGUCCUCGCAAAUUCCUCCGCAAAUCCUUUGAUAUAUACAAUUGUAAGUCCAGAAUUUCGGCGUUCGUUUAUGCAUUUUUUGGGCUUGAAAAAAGGGCUGACACGAGAUGGAAAUUCGACCAUGCGAAGAUCGAUGCUGUCUCGAAAAACAAGCGAAUAUUUUGGCACCUUGAAUAACAAGAAACACGGGCAAGAGGAAAGCUUUUAG